AUGGCGCAUCGAAGAUAUCGGAUAUAUCGGGGCCUAUUGUGGAUUCUCAUUGCUAUAAUAGCAACGAUGACAUAUAUAUACACACUACGACGGCACAAAAACUGUGCACCACCAUUCAGCUACGCUGUCCAGCUUCGGAACUUCGCAAACUCCAGCAGUGGAAAGUUCUGGAACCCUGGGGAAGUGUUGCGCUUGGGACACGAGGGGCUGCCUUUCCCAGUGGAAGACACGGGUGAUCUUCCCACGGCCCACAACACCGCUUCCACGUGCAAGAAGCGGUCCAAAUACAUAUUUUUCGUUAAUUCGACGCCUGGUAACUUUUAUCGCCGAGCUAUCAUGCGAAGCUGCUUGAGCAAUCCCAUUUUCUCUACGUACUACCGAUGGACCACCGUCUUCUUCGUUGGACUGUCCGCAGACAGCGCCACAGCAAAGCAGGUGGAAGAAGAGGCGGCCCAACAUGGCGACGUCGUGGUGUUACCGUUCCAGGACUCCUUCACAAACCGGACCUUCAAGUUUGUCUACGGCAUGAAAUGGACCAUCGAGAACUGUCCGUCCACGGAGUACGUGGUGAAACUUGAUGACGACAUGGUGGUCAACGUGUCCAUGGUGAUGAACUAUCUGAGGGCGCAUUCCACAAGUGAAAAGUUAGAGUGUCACUGCAACGUGUACAAGAACGCGCUCGUCGUACGAGAUGUAAAAUCCAAGUGGUAUUUAUCCGAAAAGACGUAUCCCAAGAAGAUGUUCCCACCGUACUGUGCCGGUGGUGUCGGCUUGUUUAAGUCCAGUGCGCUCCGAGGUCUUUACAAUGCCUCAUUUUACCUUCCUUUCCACCCAAUCGACGAUGUGUACGUUACCGGUGACUCGUCCUUGAUCGCUGGCGUGAAACUAAUUGAAAUUAACAAGUUAGUUUCCUUCUCCGGAUACGAUUGGUCGGGUGUCACGUCGGGAAAAAGUAUGCUUAGUCAGCUAUAUUACCCCGAGCUUAGCGAACUGGCGUGGAGAAUUAUUUCUGAAAGUCUGACACGGAAAAAACGGCAGAAAAGAAAACAAAGACGAUUAAUCUUUAGACUUCCAGGAACAAAAAUGACAAAUAAAUGA